CCCGGCUCUGCAAUCGAUCACCUGAACGUCUGACAAGAGAAUUUGGUGAAGAGGUGAGACGGUGAAGGACAAAGUAGCUGGUCGGCAAUGUGGCAUUAAUUGGUUAGAAGUGGCCUUCGACAACCUGGCGACGUGGGGCAGAAGUUCAGAGACCGCCGCAACAUCAGGCCGCCUUCGGUUUAGAGGUCGUACGCUAGAAAUUCGCCGCGAUCCUUCGUCGAGGAACUGUUUGCGCCUCGACAUACACAUCAACGCCUGGUCAGGUGUUCCUCAUUCUCAAUCACCUUUGGCAGAGGUCGAGUGACGACAUGAGUGGGAAAUCAUGACCACCAACAUGUCAAAAGCCGAAGCCGAAAAGCGCAUCCGUUCUACAGUUCUUCGCCAUGCUACCGAUAUCGAGGACAGGAAGAGACUACAAUCCCGUAUUGUUGACUUGAUCGUUGAAGCAUUCGAUCUACCAUCAAAAACAGAUGCCGAUCCAGCAAGGCCACAACUAUCAGAUGCCUCUCUAUUUAAGCAAUGCCUAGGGCUGUUCCAAGCAUCUGAUCUGGACGACCUCGUUUACGAACGAAAUGUAGACAACAGAUGCGGCUACGCUCUCUGUCCCAAACCAAACCAGAAAUUGUCGCAUAACGGUGACUUGAUGUGGAACAAGAAAGGUGGCAAAGACUUCAAACUCGUCAACAAGGCAGAAAUGGAAAAAUGGUGUUCACCACUCUGUCAAGAAAGAACGGCCUUCGUUCGCGCUCAACUCGGUACGGAGCCAGCUUGGUUGAGAGACGUUAAAGCUGUUGACAUCAAAUUUUUGGACGAAGUUGGUACUGACAAUCUUGUGGAGUCGCUCAAUUCCCUCUCGCUCGCCAAAGCAGCAGAUGACGAUGUCGCAGAGAAAAUGCAGGCACUUUCCCUUGAGCGCGGCGAACUCAAGGUCAAUCGCGCUGACAACUCUGUUGCACUUGUCGAGAAGUCGAGCGACGCUAUUCCGAAGGCUCCAUCCCUGAAACCGAAGCAGCAGAACGCCGUCGAGGGUCAUCAGCCGCGCAAAGUCCGCUUCCAGAACCCCUGAGAUGACAAUACGCAGUCUGACGUUCUGGAGACCAAGAAGAUGUUAUGAUUGAGAGCACCAUGACAGGGCCCGCCUCCUGCGACGAAAGGAUCCAAGCCUAAUGUGAUGGUGGUGAUGAGCUGAAGCUGUGCUAGUAUGAUUCCUAGGCACCAAGGCAGCGACUAACCCCAGAGUCCCCGCUUGAUGCAAGUUAUCGGGAUUCUAGCUUGUAGUGCUGCGAUGCCGUGCUGAAGUGGGGUUGGGGGCGAGGAGCUCACAGCCCAAAUCGUCGACAAAGAAGCAUGCCGCACGGAGCUAGAAGAAAGGAUUUCGUGGAUAUUGCGCAGCCGAAGUCAUCACCAUUCAGCUUGACCGAGGGUGUAAGGCGCUGUGGCAUCAUCCGCCGAAAGCAAAGUAUGCUCUUUCGAGCGGUUGUCUUUCGAACUCCCAUGCUAACCAGUCACUCCUCGUUGUAGGCAACAAGCCCAUGCUGUUUACUUUGUAUAUCCCUAGGCCUAGCAAGAGGCACUGCAUAAGGACAUAAACUGCUUUGGCACCCAGCAUUUGCGAACGUGUGCCUACGCUUUCGAAUUUGGAAAAUGCCAUGUUGGUCUGCGUAAUAGCUUGAAUUGGAUUCUUGAAGCUGUACUAGAUCAGUAGCCGCCCGAGCCGUGAUGGC